AAGACGAAUACCCGAUCCAGAAACACCUUUAAAACCCUAGUUUUUGCUCUUUAUAACACACCUCCCGCAGCAGGCUUACUCUUGCUAUCGCUCGCCCUCAGAUCUGUAUUCUUUGAGCGAAGCGUUUUUUCUUCAGCGAAGCGAUGGCUCUGGUUCUGUACUCCUGGAACACUAACAAGAAUGCUUACAAAGCUCUUAUAGUUGCAGAAUACAAUGGUGUCAAGGUUGACCUUGCCCCAGGUUUUACCAUGGGCGUAACCAAUAAGUCUCCUGAGUUUCUCAAAAUGAAUCCUAUUGGGAAGGUUCCUGUGCUUGAAACACCCGAAGGUGGUAUCUUUGAGAGCAAUGCCAUAGCUCGCUAUGUUGCUCGCUUGAAGGACUGUGGUUUGUUUGGUUCUUCUCCAAUUGAAUAUGGACAUGUUGAACAAUGGAUUGACUUUGCCACACUUGAAAUUGAUGUUCAUAUUGGUGCUUUAGCAGGGCCUAGAUAUGGAUAUCGUGCUUACCAUGCUGCUGUUGAAGAAGCUGCAAACGCUGCCCUAAAGCGCUCUUUUGCUGCUCUGAACUCUUACCUUGCUUCAAACACAUACCUUGUUGGACAUUCUGUGACACUGGCUGAUAUCAUUGUAACAUGCAAUUUGUAUUGGGGAAUCUCUUUUCUGUUGACUAAAAGCUUUACUUCUGAGUUCCCUCACGUCGAGAGGUACUUCUGGACAAUGGUCAAUCAACCAAAUUUCAAGAAGAUUAUUGGUGAGUUUAAGCAGACAGAAACUGUUCCACCAGUGAAAACACCGGGAGAGGCUGCAGCAGCUGCCAAGCCAAAGCCUGAGCCUAAGAAGGAAGAAAAGCCCAAAGCAGCAGCACCUGCAGAGGAAGAGGAUGCACCAAAGCCCAAGGCCAAGAAUCCUCUUGACCUCCUUCCUCCCAGUAAGAUGAUUUUGGAUGAGUGGAAACGUCUCUACUCGAACACAAAAACUAACUUCCGUGAGGUUGCAAUCAAAGGAUUCUGGGACAUGUACGAUCCUGAAGGGUACUCCCUUUGGUUCUGUGAUUACAAGUACAAUGACGAGAACACAGUUUCCUUUGUGACUUUGAACAAAGUCAGCGGAUUUCUCCAGAGAAUGGAUCUUGCUCGUAAAUAUGCCUUUGGAAAGAUGCUUGUGAUCGGAUCAGAGGCACCCUUCAAGGUGAAGGGGCUAUGGCUUUUCCGUGGGCAAGAAAUCCCACAAUUUGUCAUGGACGAGUGCUAUGACAUGGAGCUGUACGAGUGGAAGAAGGUGGAUAUCUCUGAUGAAGCCCAGAAGGAGAGAGUGAACCAAAUGAUUGAAGAUCAGGAACCAUUUGAGGGAGAGGCUCUCUUGGAUGCCAAAUGCUUCAAGUGAGAAAUAGACAGAACAUCAUUUGUUGUUGGGCUAGAGGACUGACUUGGGACGAAGGUUUCUGUGGACUUUUUGGGUCGAUUUUGUUUUCUGCCGUCUUUUGAAGUAGAUUUUGUCUUUUAUUUAUUAUCUGAGGCAAACUGAACACACCCUUCUUUGAUUUUCUAUUUAAAUUUCAAGCCAUUUAGCUUAGCGAGUGCUGUUAUGAUUUAUAAAAUCCACUUUCCUCCCUUGUUAGUUUA